AGGAACGGGGUUGCGGAAGUCGGCGAUUAGGAAAUAGCGAAGACUAGAGAGGAAAAACAGGGUUAAGGCGUGUUUUAAUUUUACUGUAAACUCACUCUCUCGCGAGCGAGGGAAGAAGAAGAAGAAGAAGAAGAUGGAGGAGCAAGCAUUGAUUGGAGCGCUGAACCUGAUAUCUCGCAACCUUCCUCUUCCCCCUGACCUCUUCACCACCGUUUCAUCCAUUUAUCACCGAUCUCAACCUCAACCUCAACCUCAACCUCAACCUCAACCUCAACCUCAACCUCAACAACAAGAUUUGUUGGCAGACCUUCAAGAUGCACUCUCCAACCACCGUGCCUCCUCCGCCUCCAAAUUAGACCAAGCAACCGAAACCCGUUAUCAAACUCUCAUUCAACACCGCUUAACUCAGCUUCAAGAAUUGCCUUCCACCAGGGGAGAUAACCUACAGACAACUUGCCUGCUUGAGUUUUAUGGUCUAAAGCUGGCAGAGUUGCAGAGGAAGGUUCGGACUGACGUCAGCUCUGAAUACUGGCUCCGCGUUCAGUGUGCGUGUCCCGACAAACAAUUGUAUGAUUGGGGCAUGAUGCGGUUGCGCCGCCCACCGUAUGGUGUUGGAGAUCCGUUUGCCAUGGAUGCUGAUGAUCAAAUAAGGAAGAAACGGGAUGCUGAGAGACUAUCAAGAUUAGAAGAGCAGACAAAGAAUCACAUAGAGACCAGAAAAAGAAGAUUUUUUGCAGAAAUAUUGAAUGCUGUCCGCGAGUUCCAGUUACAAAUUCAAGCUUCUUUGAAGCGGAGAAAACAGAGGAAUGACGGUGUCCAGGCAUGGCAUGGAAGGCAAAGACAACGUGCAACCCGGGCUGAGAAAUUGAGAUUCCAAGCUUUAAAGUCCGAUGAUCAGGAAGCUUACAUGAGAAUGGUGAAAGAGAGUAAGAAUGAAAGAUUGACUUUACUUCUUGAAGAAACAAAUAAACUGCUUGUAAAUUUGGGAGCAGCUGUUCAACGUCAAAGGGACUCCAAAAAAUCUGAUGGUAUUGAACCCUUGGAAGAUUUAGAAGCUGAUUUACCGGAGUCAGAUGCCUUGAAGAAUAAGGACUCGCCUCUUGACGAAGAUGUGGAUUUGAUAGACUCUGAUUAUAAUGGUGACACUAGUGAUUUACUUGAAGGUCAGCGGCAAUACAAUUCUGCCAUACACUCAAUUCAAGAAAAGGUAACUGAGCAGCCAUCCAUCCUUCAAGGUGGAGAAUUAAGAUCUUACCAGAUAGAAGGGCUCCAGUGGAUGCUUUCUUUGUUUAAUAACAACUUGAAUGGAAUUUUGGCUGAUGAAAUGGGACUUGGGAAGACAAUACAAACCAUUUCGUUGAUAGCACAUCUUAUGGAAUACAAGGGUGUGACUGGACCUCACUUGAUAGUGGCUCCAAAGGCUGUUCUGCCAAAUUGGAUGAAUGAAUUCUCAACCUGGGCUCCAAGCAUCAAAACUAUUCUUUAUGAUGGACGGAUGGAUGAGAGGAAAGCAAUGAAAGAAGAAUUGUCAGGGGAGGGGAAAUUUAAUGUUUUGUUGACACACUACGAUCUUAUAAUGCGAGACAAAGCAUUUCUCAAGAAAAUCCAUUGGCUCUACUUGAUUGUGGAUGAAGGGCAUCGAUUGAAGAAUCAUGAGUGUGCUCUUGCCAGAACCCUGGACUCAAGCUAUCACAUUCAACGAAGACUUUUGCUGACGGGUACUCCAAUUCAAAACAGUUUGCAGGAAUUGUGGUCCCUGCUCAAUUUUCUCCUUCCAAGCAUUUUCAAUUCAGUUCACAAUUUCGAGGACUGGUUCAAUGCUCCCUUUGCAGACCGAGUUGAUGUCUCACUAACAGAUGAAGAACAGUUAUUGAUUAUUCGGCGUCUGCAUCAAGUAAUAAGGCCCUUCAUAUUAAGGAGGAAGAAGAAUGAAGUGGAAAAGUUUCUCCCUGGGAAAUCUCAGGUCAUACUCAAAUGUGAUAUGUCAGCCUGGCAAAAAGUGUAUUAUCAACAAGUAACUGACGUGGGCAGAGUUGGCUUAGCUACUGGUUCUGGAAAAUCAAAAAGCCUACAGAACUUGACAAUGCAACUUAGAAAGUGUUGUAACCAUCCUUACCUCUUUGUGGGAGACUAUGAUAUGUAUAGGCAUAAGGAGGAAAUCAUCAGAGCAUCAGGGAAGUUUGAACUUCUUGAUCGAUUGCUUCCAAAACUUCGGAGAGCUGGUCACAGAGUCCUCCUUUUUUCACAAAUGACUCGUCUGAUGGACAUUCUUGAAAUUUAUCUGCGACUUCAUGAUUAUAAAUUUCUUAGACUUGAUGGCUCAACAAAAACAGAGGAAAGAGGUUCCCUACUACAGAAAUUCAAUGCUCCUGAUUCUCCGUACUUCAUGUUUCUCUUGAGCACUCGUGCUGGAGGUCUUGGUUUGAACUUACAAACAGCAGAUACGGUUAUAAUCUUUGACAGUGAUUGGAACCCACAAAUGGAUCAGCAAGCUGAGGAUCGAGCUCAUCGCAUUGGACAAAAAAAGGAAGUUAGAGUCUUUGUGCUGGUUAGUGUGGGAUCAGUUGAAGAGGUGAUUUUAGAGCGUGCUAAACAAAAGAUGGGGAUUGAUGCCAAAGUCAUCCAGGCAGGGCUUUUCAACACAACUUCAACAGCCCAGGACAGAAGAGAAAUGUUGGAGGUGAUCAUGCGUAGAGGUACUAGCUCACUUGGGACAGAUGUGCCAAGCGAGAGAGAAAUUAAUCGCCUUGCAGCCCGAUCUGAUGAGGAAUUUUGGCUGUUUGAGAGAAUGGAUGAAGAGAGAAGGCUAAAGGAGAAUUACAGAUCUCGUCUCAUGGAAGAGCAUGAAGUGCCAGAUUGGGUAUACUCUGCACUAAAUAAGGAUGAGAAGGUCAAAGCUUUUGAUAGUGGUAGUGUCAGUGGAAAGCGGAAAAGGAAAGAAGUGGUAUAUGCUGAUACAUUAAGUGAUCUACAAUGGAUGAAGGCUGUGGAGAGCGCACAAGACAUGCCUAAGCAUUCAGUUAAAAGGAAGAGGAGAGACAGCGAUGCACAGGCCAGUGAUGAUAUUGGGGCAGAAGAAAGGUUAUUAGAGUUAAGAAAUGGAAGUGAGAGAUCCAGUGAGGAUACUUUCAAUGUGACCCCUGCCUCUAAGAGGCCCAAGCAUGAAGAACUAAAUUCCCAGAAUCAUGAAAACGAGGACGUAAGAGUAGGUGGUUUGAACGAGAAUGUGUUUUCCUGGAAUACUAAAAAAAAGAAGAGAUCAAGCUAUCUUAGCCAGGGUUCAUUAUCUGAUACUAAAGGGCAGAAUUCAAAUGGAAGAGCAAACAGGAACUGAUCGGGAUUUCAAUUUAGUCAAGGAUGACAGAAUUUUCCCAACAUUUGAACUGUGAUAUCUGCUUUUAAUUCUGUAGAGUAUCAAGAGUUUUAGGUGGAUUGCAUAUGAUUAACAAAUGAAGAUACCAGCAAAUUCAUUCUGGUAGUUGUAACAUGUUUAUCAGCAUUAAUGUAAAAUCAAUAGUUUUAUGAA